AUGGAUACCGAUCGCGAUCGCCGCGUUGUGGCCUUGGCAAACGCCGCCAAGGCCUACGCAGUCGCCGCCGUGGCGGCCUACAGAGCUGAACGCCUCGGCGUAGGCCACCUUGUUGGCGACCCAGCUGCCGCUGCUGCCGUGUCCUACAAAGCUGCCGUCGCGUCCUGCGCAGCUUUAACCACCUGUGAAGCUGACGACGCGGCCUACCCAGCUGCUGCCGUCCCCGUCGCUGUCUCCGACCCCAUCGCCGCACCCGUCUCCGUCCCCGUCCCCGUCCCAGUCCCCAUCGCCGACCCUGCCGCCGACCCCGUCCCAGUCCCCGCCGCCGACCCCGUCGUCGUCCCCCGUCGUCCCCGUCGACAACCUCCCCGUCGACAACCUCCCCGUCGACAACCCUCCCGCCGAUGCCGCCGCCGCCGCUGA